AUGGCCGCGGCACAGACCGCAAAGACGAGCGUGGUGCAUACGGAGCAGGCGGCUUGGGCUGAGAUUGCGCAAGCGUGGCACCCCUGCUUCCACGAGGCCGGGCGGUCUCCGUUUCGUGGCCGUCUGCUGGAAACGGAUGUGGGAGGUAGUCAGCAAUUAGAGCAGCAUGGCGGGACGGCGAAUGAGGAUGAGGAAAGGCGACGGGAUGCUCUGGGAGUCCUGAGCCGCAAGGCAACCAUGACGUAUCUUUCUGAGUCGAACGUCGGAUGGAACACGUUAUCUUCGCCUUGA